GAGGGGAAGAGGGUGUGAUCAUGCGAUGUUCAGCAGAGGGGAAAUUGUGAAAGGGACCUCACUGUAAAAAAAGCAGCCUGCAACUCUCUUGGCUUUCAGAGGAGAUUGAGCUCAGAGGAGGAGUUGUCUGAGAGUGGACCCCACUACCUGUCCAUCAGACAUGGAACCAAAGCGGAUCAGAGAAGGCUACCUCGUGAAGAAGGGGAGCAUGUUCAAUACCUGGAAACCCAUGUGGGUUUUAUUGUUAGAAGAUGGAAUUGAAUUCUAUAAGAAGAAAAGUGACAAUAGCCCCAAAGGAAUGAUUCCCCUGAAAGGAAGCACUCUGACUAGCCCUUGUCAGGACUUUGGCAAAAGGAUGUUUGUGUUUAAGAUCACUACGAACAAGCAGCAGGACCACUUCUUCCAAGCAGCCUUCCUGGAGGAGAGAGAUGGCUGGGUUCGGGAUACCAAGAAGGCCAUAAAAUGCAUUGAAGGAGGCCAGAAGUUUGCAAGGAAAUCCACCAGGAAGUCCAUUCGACUACCAGAAACCAUUGACUUAAGUGCCUUGUAUUUGUCCAUGAAAGACACAGAAAAUGGAGUGAAAGAACUCAACCUAGAAAAGGACAAGAAGAUUUUUAAUCACUGCUUCACAGGUAACUGUGUCAUUGACUGGCUGCUUUCCAAGCAGUCUGUUAGGAAUCGCCAAGAAGGCCUCAUGAUUGCCUCCUCACUGCUCAAUGAAGGGUACCUGCAGCCUGCUGGAGAUUUAUCCAAGAGUGCAGCAGAUGGGGCAGCUGAAAACCCUUUCCUGGACAACCCUGAUGCCUUCUACUACUUUCCAGACAGUGGAUUUUUCUGUGAAGAAAAUUCCAGUGAUGAUGAUGUGAUUCUGAAAGAAGAAUUCAGAGGGAUCAUUAUUAAGCAGGGGUGUUUAUUGAAGCAGGGGCAUAGGAGGAAAAACUGGAAAGUGAGGAAGUUCAUUCUGAGAGAAGAUCCUGCAUAUCUGCACUACUAUGACCCGGCUGGAGGGGAAGAGCCUCUGGGCGCAAUACACUUGAGAGGCUGUGUGGUGACUUCAGUGGAAAGUAACCCAGAUGUUAAAAGGAGUGAAGAAGAGAACCUCUUUGAGAUCAUCACAGCUGAUGAAGUUCAUUAUUUCUUGCAAGCAGCCACUCCUAAAGAGCGUACUGAGUGGAUCAAAGCCAUCCAGUCUAUCCAGAAACUUCUUGAGAGCCAUUGCUGCAGUGCUGGUUUUUCUUUUGAAGCCUUCUAUUAUUUACUCCAGCCUGAAAAGCUGUAUCUUCUGAGAAAAAGAUCUGAAUAAAUUAGGAGUAGGUAAGAGGCCCUCCCAUGUCCCCAAAGUCAGCCAAGCAUAUUCCAUCUCUACUGGAGGUUGAGCUGAGAACUCUCUAUCUUUGUCCCUUUGUUUGCCAUAUGUUAUAAUUGGGGUAAGGGAAAAUCUCCAAAUCUGUGAGAUUUAUUUCAUUGGAGUGUUUACCAAAAAAGUGGUUAUCUUCAUGCUUUCUCUCCAUGAAUGAUAGGCCUGGUAGCUGUGUGUGUUGGCUCAGCUCCAGAAGGUGCAGGUGCUGGACCUUAGGCUUUCUGGGUAUGGGAUGAUACAAAGACACCACUGAAAAGACUUACCUGAGCACUCAUGGUGAUGGCCAUAAGAACUGUGUGGAGCCUUCAGUUCUCCAGUUAGUGACAUUGUGGCCAUGCCAGGGAUUCAAAUAUAAGUUGUAGCAGAUCUUGUUCAGUCUCUGAAGGGCCUCAUUGACCCAUUGUCAACCAGAGGGGUCUAGCCUAAUUCUGAUUGGAUACCUGUUUCCAGUUUUUGACAUUUUUUUUUUUUUACUAAUUAGUGAUUCUAAUCCUAAAGUGAGAAAGAAGGCACUCAUCCAACCAGGUAUGUGAGUCAUGGUGUGCUUUCCAACACUAGAUUUAAAAUUUUAAGACCUCAGUAAGGAGAGUAGAACUGAUUUUAUUAACUCCUCUCUUUCCCUCCUGCAUUGCACAGAAUAUUUACAAGUUGUUCCUACUCUCAGAUUGUUUUAUCAAUGGUAUAGUGAUACCAUAUCUCUGAUUCUUCAGCAAACUAUCUUUUAUUAUCUUUGGCACAAAGUUCUUUAUAAAGAUUAUCUUUAGUAUCAUCUUACUAGAACUUACACUGUGUAUUAAACAACUUCCAAUGUUAAAAGUAUU